CCGCGGCUCGGAAACAGUUACCGGCUAGUAAACAACAGCUGCGCGCGCACCGCAUCAGCUGGCGCCGGGAUCCCGCACCUGCGACCUCCUCCUCCCUUCAUCCCGCUGCUCCUCCUGCCCAGCCAGGGCCAGCCGGCGUGGCCGUCUCCUCUUCUGCUGAGAUCCGAAGGAAGAACGGCGAGGGGCUGACCUGCGCCGGGGCCGGGGUAGGGGAGGAAGCGUCUCCCGGCAAAGGGGUGGCCCGUCCUGUCCCACGCAGGAGAAACCUAGCGAACCUACCAGGGGCUCAGUGGACUAGCAACGACCUGCCACGACCCUGACCUGCAGUUUGAGGUGUCUUGAUCUGCUAGCCUCCUUCUCCCAGAUCCCAGGGACCUUUCUGCCAGGAGAAAAGCAGGCGGCCACCCCCGCAGACCUCUCGGAGGCAGGAAUCCGCUCUGCCUCUGCAUCCUUCUCUGCUCGCCCUUCUCUCCUCAUUCCCCUCCGUCUAGUAGUGUGGGUUAUUUUUCCCGUUAUGCAUGCGCACCUUUCCCACCAGACCCAAGUGGAUUAUCGACCUCAAAAACAUCGGGUGGCUCUACACACACCUCCUCCCAGCCAGACCUGUGAGGUAUUCACCUGAUACACAACAGGUGGCCGGGUUUACACCUUUUUGCAAUCUGAUCCACGCUAUAUUCACCUGAUAAGGGUGGGCUGCACGCACUUUGCUCAACUAGAAUCGUGGGACGCUCACCAGAUAAAGGACUGACUACCUCAGCAGGAACCUGGGGGUUGAGGGAGGGAGGCUUUACCAGCUGUUCUGAGACCAUGGCACUGAGCCCUCCACCCUGGACCAGGGGAGAUAGUUAGGUAGCUCUCCGUUCUGAAGGAAAGAAGUUACACAUGAUCGGCAUCGUUUUGUCUUGUUUUUUCCCCCACUUAAAAAAUAUUUGUCAGCUAUUGCUAGUGCACUUUUUAGGAUAGCCGGCUUGAAUUCUGAGUAGAGUUCUUAUUUGGGGCUUUUUGUGUGGUGUGAAUCAAGGUAAUUGAGGGUUGUUUUUUUUUUUAAGUUAUCUUUUAUUUUUACAACAAAAGUAGCUAGCGUAGGAGGAAGAUUUUGCGAGGUUUCCCAUUUUUUCUUUGUCCUUAAAAAGAAAAAUGCAUCCUCCAGAAACCACCACCAAGAUGGCUUCAGUUCGAUUCAUGGUGACACCAACAAAGAUCGAUGACAUUCCAGGUUUGUCAGACACCAGCCCGGACCUCAGCUCUCGAUCUAGUUCUCGAGUAAGAUUUAGCUCUCGGGAAAGUGUGCCUGAAACAAGCCGUAGUGAGCCCAUGAGUGAAAUGUCUGGGGCCACCACUUCACUGGCAACUGUUGCACUGGAUCCACCCAGUGACCGGACUUCUAAUCCCCAGGAUGUUACCGAGGACCCGAAUCAGAACUCCAUCACAGGGGAACACAGCCAGCUGUUAGAUGAUGGGCAUAAGAAAGCUCGAAAUGCUUAUCUCAAUAAUUCAAAUUAUGAAGAAGGAGAUGAAUAUUUUGAUAAAAACUUGGCACUCUUUGAGGAAGAAAUGGACACCAGACCAAAGGUGUCUUCUCUCCUCAAUCGCAUGGCCAACUACACUAAUCUGACACAAGGAGUAAAGGAACAUGAAGAGGCAGAAAACAUCACAGAAGGGAAAAAGAAGCCUACCAAGACCCCACAAAUGGGUACCUUCAUGGGUGUCUACCUCCCAUGUCUACAAAAUAUUUUUGGAGUGAUCCUCUUUCUUCGCCUUACAUGGGUGGUAGGCACAGCUGGAGUUCUUCAGGCUUUUGCAAUUGUCCUUAUCUGCUGCUGCUGUACAAUGUUAACUGCUAUCUCCAUGAGUGCCAUCGCCACUAAUGGAGUGGUGCCAGCUGGGGGCUCAUACUUUAUGAUUUCCCGGGCACUGGGCCCAGAGUUUGGUGGGGCUGUUGGCCUGUGCUUUUAUCUUGGUACCACCUUUGCAGCAGCCAUGUAUAUCCUUGGUGCCAUUGAAAUCUUUCUGGUAUAUAUUGUUCCCCGGGCUGCCAUCUUUCGCAGUGAUGAUGCAUUCAAGGAAUCAGCAGCCAUGCUAAAUAAUAUGCGUGUCUAUGGCACAGCUUUUUUGGUCCUCAUGGUAUUGGUGGUAUUUAUCGGCGUACGCUAUGUGAACAAGUUUGCUUCACUUUUCCUGGCCUGCGUCAUUGUGUCCAUCUUGGCCAUCUAUGCUGGAGCCAUCAAGUCAUCUUUUGCCCCUCCACACUUCCCGGUCUGCAUGCUGGGCAACCGCACCCUUUCAUCAAGACACAUUGACAUUUGCUCUAAGACCAAGGAAAUUAACAACAUGACAGUCCCAUCAAAGUUAUGGGGCUUCUUCUGUAACUCAAGUCAGUUUUUCAAUGCUACCUGUGAUGAAUACUUUGUUCACAAUAAUGUCACUUCAAUCCAGGGCAUUCCUGGAUUGGCUAGUGGUAUCAUUACAGAGAAUCUUUGGAGUAAUUAUCUACCCAAAGGAGAGAUCCUUGAAAAGCCCUCAGCCAAAUCUUCUGAUGUCUUAGGCAGCUUAAACCAUGAAUAUGUUCUUGUUGACAUCACCACCUCCUUCACUCUUCUGGUGGGAAUCUUCUUUCCCUCUGUCACAGGUAUCAUGGCUGGAUCAAACAGAUCUGGAGAUCUGAAAGAUGCUCAGAAGUCUAUUCCCAUUGGUACUAUCCUUGCCAUCCUGACCACCUCCUUUGUCUAUUUAAGCAAUGUUGUCCUUUUUGGUGCAUGUAUUGAAGGGGUUGUUCUCAGAGACAAGUUUGGGGAUGCUGUGGAAGGUAAUUUGGUGGUGGGCACCUUAUCUUGGCCAUCCCCGUGGGUGAUUGUUAUUGGCUCCUUCUUUUCAACAUGUGGGGCUGGACUUCAGAGCCUCACAGGUGCACCAAGGCUGCUACAAGCUAUUGCCAAGGAUAACAUCAUACCAUUUCUGAGGGUUUUUGGCCACAGCAAAGCCAAUGGGGAGCCUACCUGGGCUUUACUUCUAACUGCUGCCAUUGCAGAGCUGGGAAUUCUCAUCGCCUCCUUGGAUCUUGUGGCCCCAAUUCUUUCCAUGUUUUUUCUCAUGUGUUACCUCUUUGUGAACUUGGCAUGUGCCUUGCAAACAUUACUUAGAACACCGAAUUGGAGACCCCGAUUCCGCUACUACCAUUGGACCCUCUCUUUCAUGGGAAUGAGUAUUUGUCUGGCUCUGAUGUUCAUUUCUUCCUGGUAUUACGCCAUUGUAGCUAUGGUAAUAGCUGGUAUGAUCUACAAAUACAUUGAGUACCAAGGAGCUGAGAAAGAAUGGGGUGAUGGUAUUCGAGGGCUGUCCCUCAGUGCAGCCCGGUUUGCUUUGCUUCGGCUGGAGGAAGGACCACCACACACUAAAAACUGGAGGCCUCAGUUGCUUGUACUACUGAAGCUGGAUGAAGACUUACACGUCAAGCAUCCUCGCCUCCUCACCUUUGCCUCACAGCUCAAAGCAGGAAAGGGUCUCACUAUUGUGGGCUCUGUCAUCGUGGGGAACUUCCUAGAGAACUAUGGUGAAGCCUUAGCUGCUGAGCAGACCAUAAAGCACCUCAUGGAGGCAGAGAAGGUAAAAGGAUUCUGCCAGCUGGUGGUGGCUGCCAAGCUGCGAGAGGGCAUUUCCCACCUCAUCCAGUCAUGUGGCCUUGGGGGCAUGAAGCACAACACGGUGGUGAUGGGCUGGCCUAACGGCUGGCGGCAAAGUGAAGAUGCUCGAGCUUGGAAGACAUUUAUUGGCACAGUUCGAGUGACAACUGCUGCCCAUCUCGCUCUGCUGGUGGCUAAAAACGUCUCCUUCUUUCCCAGCAAUGUGGAGCCAUUUUCUGAGGGCAACAUUGAUGUGUGGUGGAUUGUGCAUGAUGGGGGGAUGCUCAUGCUCUUACCAUUCCUACUGAAACAGCACAAGGUGUGGCGAAAGUGUAGCAUACGGAUCUUCACAGUAGCCCAACUAGAAGACAACAGUAUCCAGAUGAAGAAGGACCUAGCCACCUUCCUGUACCACCUGCGUAUUGAGGCAGAGGUGGAAGUGGUGGAGAUGCAUGACAGUGACAUAUCAGCUUACACUUACGAGCGUACUCUGAUGAUGGAGCAAAGGUCCCAGAUGCUCCGGCACAUGCGACUUUCCAAAACAGAGCGGGACAGAGAGGCACAGUUGGUGAAAGACCGGAACUCAAUGCUAAGAUUGACCAGCAUUGGCUCGGAUGAGGAUGAAGAGACAGAAACUUAUCAGGAGAAGGUACACAUGACUUGGACAAAGGACAAGUACAUGGCAUCCCGGGGGCAAAAAGCCAAGUCGAUGGAAGGAUUCCAGGACCUGCUUAACAUGCGUCCGGACCAGUCCAAUGUGAGGCGGAUGCAUACAGCCGUGAAGCUCAAUGAGGUUAUAGUAAACAAGUCCCAUGAAGCAAAGUUGGUUUUGUUGAAUAUGCCAGGACCACCCAGAAACCCUGAGGGUGAUGAAAACUAUAUGGAGUUCCUAGAAGUGCUCACCGAGGGACUAGAGCGAGUUCUCCUUGUCCGGGGUGGUGGCAGUGAAGUGAUCACCAUUUAUUCAUAAUCUGUUCCUGAAUGAUUUUGCUUAGCCUCACCUUCCCUAAAAGGCCUCCAUCCUCCAUGGAAGUGCCAGCUCUUUACUACCACUCCUGCUCAACUAGAGGCCUGUGUUCUACACACAUCACACUGAAAUCUAGAUGAGCUGAGCCUCAAGUCCUUGUGCAGAAGAGUACAAAUGGAUCUGCUCUUUGCUCCCAUAUGAUGUGCAGUCUUUACAGAAGCAGCAAAUAUUCCCGCAACAUCAAAACAAUGGUCAAGUCUUAAAUAAAAGCCAUGUCUGACUGAAGGCAAAUUAGAAUUAACAAGCUGUGCUAAUCACUGAAUUGGUAAAAGGGAUGCUAGAAAUUCAACUGAAGACAAAAAGCAAGUAUAUAUCCAACAUUAGAAAUGAGUCUCAGAAAUCAUGGUUCAAUGAUGACAUCAGAGGGGUAACAGCCAGAAACAGCUUCAUCUUGCUGAAGAAUUCAUGGCUAAGAAUAUGGGGACCUAUUAUCCUAUGGAGAUAACCUGUGGCAAGCCAAGCUGGAAACAUUUUUUAGCUAAUUAUCUUUAGUGUACCCACUGCUUUCCUCUAAUUUUAUAUUAGGGUACUAAUGUACAAAACCUGAAACAUGGCUGCAGCCUCUAUUUCUUUUCCAAACACAAGAGUCCCCCAAAACACCAGGUUUAAGUAUCUAUACUGCGUCAGUGUAUAUUUCACCUGUUUGUUUCUCUUAACUCAAAACCCAUUCUGCGGUUGUAACACAGGCUAUGUGUACCAUGGAAAACAUGUUUUUUAAAAAGUAAAAGUUAUUUUUUUCAGGUUCUUUUCAAAUGGCUGAACUAAGGGAAUUCCAAAAAGAAGCUAUUAAGAUAUACUGAAAUACAGUGUGGUUCUCUAUGCAACAUGGACAAAACAUACACAAGCUGUUAUCUAAAAAAUAUAGGUCAUGAUGCACAUUGACCAUAGAUUCUCCUUUCUUUCUUUUUUUGCCCUCUGAGUUAGAAGGUACAGGUCAAAAAUCAUAAGGAACAAACACUAGGAAGACUGGAUAAAGUCCUUCCCUAAAAGCUUUGGACUAUCUUUUAAAGGGGGAAUCUAGCAAUGGAAUUGGAAGUUCUAGAGCCAUAUUUUUCCAUAGUGCCAAAGUUACUGAGCUGCUACUCUCCUUACCUACUUCACUAAGUGGCAUACAGAUUGGCAUUGGCCUGAUUCAAGAAACUUUUCUUCCACUGAGAAACCUGUGGCCUCAUCUCCAAAGCCAUAGUUAAGACAAGGCAUUCAACUUAAUGCCCAGAGUAUGAGCAUUUCCCCUUUUUCUUUCAAUUUUAUUCUUCAUUUGGACUGCAGACAUUUGACCCUGAACAAAGAGAUUAUCCAAACCAACGGUCUUCUGCUAUUUCAGUUUUGUUUUCAGAAAGCUCAAAAUGUGCCAAGGAAAACUUGUGCAAGCUCAGCUUUUUUAUUUACCAAUUUACUGAUUAGAAAACAUCUGGCUUACAAGCAUAAGUAAACUAUGUGGCUGAGUAGUAAUUUAAAGUAUGUGGAAUCUUCAUUUCUUUUACAGGAUAAGUAUUUAGAGAAACUGUAUUCAUGGUUGUUUUUGAAUUUCACUUUAUUAAUGACAAAUAGUGCAGUUCUUCUUUGAUUCCCAAAUAGGCUAUGAAGCAAGCUGGCCUAUGUGUCACAAAUUAAGGUCAGAGAAAACCCUUCAAUAUGGCUUAAGAAAUUGUCAUUUUGAUUUAUUCCCUUUGCUCAUACUUCAACCUCUAGGAUAGCAAAGCAGAUAGGAUCUUGUCUUUUUUUCUGCUCCUUCCUACAGAGGGUAGAAGCAUUGUUUACAACUCCACUGCAACACUCCAUUGCCUAGUUGAGUAUACCAGUAGUGGGUGAGGUCCUCUAGGACCCAAGAUCUUAAAGACCCAUACUAUAAAAGCCUGCCCAGAAUUCCCCUAUACCUACACACACCCCUGGCCAACACAAUGUAUUUUUUUUCUAUAGAGAACAAAUAUGGGCAGAAAAUAAUGUUAGUUUUAGAAGUGCUGUUUGUGGUUGGAGCUCUGUAAAAAUCUUUUAAAGGGAUAAGGGAAUUAGUGGCUAUUAAUCUAGCCACUACUUCAAUCCCUAAAACAAAAUCACUGUUACAUCGAAAAAUGAUUAGGCCAGAUUUAUACUCAAGCUGUCUAGAACAUUUCAUGUCUAUGUAUGUUGCUUAUGCUGUUUGUUUCCAAAGUGUCUCGUCUCUUUUAAUCACUGCAAAUAAAGCAAUACUGAAAACUUGAUGAGAGAGAAUGCACCUUAGGGGAAGGGGCUUUGUGUUUCAAGAGGGAAGAGAAAGGAAAGACCUCCUCCUGCCUUUUGAGUAAGAUCCAGCUUUUAAGUCUUACCUAUGACUUUAUCAGGGCAGGUUAUAAUAAUACACGUUCUCCUCCUGUGGGCCUUCUGCCUUCCAUAGUUAUCUUAAAAGCUGAUAUUUGAACUGCAGCAUCUUCUUAACAGGUGCCAGGUUCCUCUUGGCAGGGGAAAGAUCACUGUAUAUCUUCCAUUGCCUCAGAUUGCUGUGGCCCCAAGGAUCCCACCAAUCCUCAUUCCCCCAAACAUGUUAAAGAUCCUCUGUUGUGGGUAUUAAAAUAACAAUUAUACUGUAAGCAUAUUUAUGUGCUCUUUUUGACUGGUUUAUAUUUCUUUUCAUCAUGUAUAAUCUGAAUCCAGCAUUAGUUUCUCAUAUCUUCCACAAGUGUCUCCAGCGGAAUUUUUAUGUCCCAGCUUGUAUAAAUAGAAAAGAAAUAUUAAGAAAAGUAGACUUAAGGGAAACUUGUGCAACUUUUUUUAAAGUAUUGUUCUCAACUAUUUAAUUUAUUGAAACGAGAUGCUGCUAUAGUUCUUGAUUUAGCAGCAACCAUUCUUUUGUUUACAUAGAGUUAUGGUUUUAUUUGUUGUUUUGCUCUGUACUGGAAACAUAAAUAAAGUUUUCUACAUUAUUUUCA